CCUGUAAUCGUCUUACCGAAAGCGGUACUGUCAGAUCAGCUCUCUCUCUUUGACUUUGCCAAUAUGAGCUCCUCAGCACCUCGGCAAUCUUCCAACGUGGAUCCAUUCCAGCCCAUCAUCCUCGAGCACCCUGCUGUGCCAGACCUUCAAGCCCAUAUCCUACCGUACGGUCUCACAGUCCAUCGCUUACUCCUGAAUCGGCGCCCUCGAGAUCUAUUGCAAGAUGCUCCCGAGUCUGAAGAGUCUGUGGAGGUGUAUGACCUGAUCGUUGGACCGGAGAAGGAGACCGACCAUUGCGAUGGUGGACGCAAUUUCUUUGGGCCCGUCGUUGGGCCUUAUGCCAACCGUCUGCCUGCAGGCGUGACUCGCUUCUCCUACUCAGAGCAGCGAGGAGAACGCAAAGCAGGCCUUGUAGAUAACGAAGUCAACUCGCCUGAGUGGUCGGGGCCGGGCGUGUGCCUCCAUGGAGGUCCAGAGAUGCCCGAGUCGAGGAGUAGCCAGCUCCAGUCGGGCCCUUUCGACAGAAUGAUCUGGGAGCCGGUCGCCGCGAAAGACCAGAUUGGGGGGUCCCUCUUCUCCCAACUCGAGCUCUCUUCCCUCUCUACUGCGGGCGUGGCCUUCAGACUGUUCCGAAUCGAUUACGAGGAAACUACUGUUGGGGCUGGACAAGCGCCGCGAGGGGUCCGCGUUGAGGCUCUCUUUACACUGUCGAGCUCUUCGCCCUCUGUAGCAACUUUCAUCGAUCUCAUACCUCGAAGCGAGUCAGUUGGCAUAUUUGGAGUAGAGUACCGAGCUCGAUUCCACGAAGGAGACCCUAGCUUGAAUCAGCUCACCCCGCUGAAUAUCACCCAGCAUUGGGGCUUCAACCUCUCUGCCUCAGAUCCGUCAUCUGCCGUGCAGAAGGCCGAGAACGGUCAAAUUGAUGCUCAUCAGCUGCGCAUCAUGAAGUCUCGCAAGGAGGUCGCAGUCAUGGAGCUGCAGAGCAAUGGACUGCCCACUGGCAAGCUCUUGCCUUUCGAAGACAGCAGGUCUGCUGGCCACGACUGGACAGACGCCGGAAAGGACGGUCUCGGAAAGGCCAUCGCCGACGGCAUUCCCGAAGCUGGCUACGAUAACUUCUAUACCUGGCCCUUGAUUCCUUCUUCUUUCUCAAGAGAGGAAGAGAUGUCUCAGACUCCUCAGGCUCUCCUGCGCUCGGAAUCUAGCAAGCUCACUCUUGCCUUCCGCACGAAUCAGAGUGGUUUCCAGCUCUACACUGCCAACGGUCAGCCUACCGCUCCAGCCGACCCAAAGGCUUCUGGAGGCACCAGGAAGCUAAUCCACCGCACAGCUUUGAAUCCAUCUGCACGAAGUGACGAGGGAGGCAACGCUUUCAGAAGCGCUGCCUUCAUUGAGUUUGGCCAUCCUCAUGCCACCUUCUUGCACGAGGGCCUGCAAGACUUCAUUGGCUGUGGAGAGGACACCCUGCUCAGGGUAGGCGAGACCUACCGCAACUGGGUCAGCAUCGAAGUACUUGACGGGUAGAAGCCACAAUAUCGUGAUCCUGCGCAUAUGCGCUGCGAACGUGUAAAUAUUACAGAUGACCGUCCCCUACAGAAGCUGACUAAAUAAUACAAACCCUGUCGUCCUGUGGUAGUGCA